AUGGACUCCAUGCGGAGGCGCGAAAAGCACCGGCGCGGCCAGCGCAACGAAACUGCGACGACGAGGGGCACCGUGACCCGUGGAACAACGCGGCGGCGACGUGGCGGACGGCGACAUGGCCCUCGCGUGGGGUCUCGCAUGAGCGCCGAGCGCUGGCUCAGCACCCUGCCUCCCGUGACCAAAGUGAACCUGUCGGAACUCUUCGACCACGUGCCCAAACUGUCGUCCCAGGCGGGCGUCAUGACUCACGUCAUCGCGGGAAACGUCGUGCAAGAGUCGACCGAACCGUUCUCGGUCGGUUUGUGGAGACGAAGCUCUCCGGACUCCGGACAGGCUACCCGUCACGUGUUCCCGGAGCUGGAGGUGUCGCGGCGGGCUUCCCCGGAGGUUCCGGAUCCUCGUCCGGCAUUCGAAAGUAAGAAUGACGCGCCGGCCGACGUCGACCUCGCUUCGAAUCGGGAUGCGGCGGCUACGACGUCUGCUGCGGCCGGUGAGUCGAGCUUCGAACACGAGCUGGCCCCAAGUGAGACACUACCGCCGCCAACGCCGUGUGUCGCGAGCCCGAAGCACGACCCGGCUCCGACCGUUGUGUGCGCGUGCAGACGUCAACCUGCCGCCCCUGAAUAUUGCGCUCCCGUCCUGACCUCGUCAUCGAUCUCGGCUUCGUAUCCGGUCCCGGUUCCGAACGUGGCUUCGCACUCUGCGCGUGAGACAACUGGUUGCGGGGACGUGGCCAUGGAAGAAAUGAGCGCAUCAGCGCGGUUCCCGACUCGGAUUCCGGCCGCAAACGCAGCGUGGACUACGCCGGCGCCGAACCCUGCCGGGCAGCCUGCUUCGCAGGCGCAGGAUCUCGCGCCGCUGCUGCAGCCAUCGGCAUUGCCGGGAAAGGAUCCGAGUAGCUGGACGGUGGACGACGUCGUGCAAUACAUCAGUGGGCUCCCGGGUUGCGAGCGAUUCGCCGGAGUGUUCCGUGAGCAGGAGGUGGACGGCAGAGCCUUGCUUCUGCUGAAGAGUCGUCACCUGCACGUCAACAUGAAGCUCCGUCUGGGUCCGGCAUUGAAGAUAUUGGACGACGUACGCUCACUUCGCGGGAAUCUAGCGCAGUGA